AUGGGUCCGAUAGACCGUAUUCACAAUGACGUCGCCGGGCGGGGGGAGGGGGCGUCUGGAAUUGCCGCCCCAUCGCUCACUGAGCUGAACAACCCUCGGGAGGACGCCCCGGCACUGGGAAGCAGCGACCUGACGCCUGAGACAUGCCGCACCAAGCCUGCCCCGCCCCGUCUUCCGCGCCCACCAGCCACACAACCUCCCUCCCCGUCGCACCGCCUGCAAACGGCUCCUCCUGGCCCUGCCCUGCUGGCAGGGGCUGGCGGCGUGAACCAGCUGGGGGGGCUCUUCGUGAAUGGCCGCCCCCUGCCCCCCUGCAAGAGGAAGAGGAUCGUCCAGCUGGCGGCGAGUGGGGUGCGCGCCUGUGACAUCUCCCGGAGCCUGAAGGUAUCCAAUGGCUGCGUCAGCAAGAUCCUGGGCCGCUACUACCAGACAGGCGCCGUGGAGCCGAAGGCCAUCGGCGGCAGCAAGCCCCGCAUGGCCACCCCAGAGGUGGUGGCCCGAAUCGCGCAGCUGAAGCUGGAGCACCCGUCCAUCUUCGCGUGGGAGAUCAGGAGGAAGCUGGGCUCCGAGGGCAUCUGCGCCAGCGACCGGACGCCCAGCGUGUCCUCCAUCAACCGGGUGCUGAGGAACCUGCAAGGGGACAUGCGGCUCACAGCUGACUUUGGUUUCAUGAUGGAGCCAUCACCACCAGCCCCAUUGCUGGCCUCCCCCUCCCCGAGCUCAGCGUCGGCCAGGGGACCCCCGCCGGGCGUCCAGCACCGGAACAGGACGGUCUUCUCAAGCCAGCAGUCCGUGGCCUUGGAGAAAGAAUUCCAGAGAGGGCAGUACCCCGACUCCGCUACCCGGGAGAAACUGGCCUCGGCCACCCAGCUCCCCGACACCACCAUCAGGGUUUGGUUUUCAAACCGAAGAGCCAAAUGGAGACGAGAGGCAAAGCUGAAGCUGGAGACUGACCGUGCAGGGUCGUGGUGUGACUGGAUUCUGUCUCCCUUUGCACCAACUCCCCAGGCCUUUGCUGCUUUUCAUCCGUCCUCAAUGACCGACACCAUCUCCACACAGGCUUCCCCUCUGCCCACCAGACCCACGCCGUCAGCCAGCAACGGGGCUCUGGCCCUUCUCCCAGGGGAUGAUCCCGGCUGGAUCCACCCCGUCAGGACGGUGGAUUAG